AUGGGAUUACCGAUUCUGCGCCAAUGUGCGCUUACAUCUUGCCGGAGAGCCCUCAAGACACCAUUCCCAGUCACUUUCGACUUCCUUGCCCCGUCGGCACUGGCACACAAGCAAUGUCGCAACGCCUCAACCGCCACCUCCGAUGAGCCAAAGCCUCGAUAUGUCCUGAGCACAAAACAGCGAGAAUUCAUGGACAGUGCUCUUCGUGUAAACCAAGCUGGGGAACUAGCUGCGACUCUCAUUUACACUGCACAAACCCCCCAAAUUGUGCGCUCCUACCCGCACCUCCGGCCCUUGAUGAAACACAUGUACGACCAAGAAGCAGGGCACCUGAAAACAUUCAACGGCCUUAUCAAAAAGCACCAAAUCCGUCCAACUGCCAUGUACCCAGCAUGGGAAGUUGCUGCUACAUUCUUGGGUUGGUCUACUGCGGCGCUGGGUCGCGAGGCAGCAAUGGCAUGCACCGAAGCUGUUGAAACCGAGAUUGGAUCACACUACAACGAACAGGUACGGGAAAUUUUGUCAUGGGAGGCUGAUGCUGCGCGUCGAGGCGAGGAAUUGGACGAGGAGCUUAAGGAAAUGCUUGCCACAUUCCGGAGGAUUCGGGACGAAGAACUGGAACAUCUCGACCAUGCCGUGGCCAACGACUCUAAGGAAGCCAAACCCUAUGAUCCGCUCGUGGAUGUCAUCCGCUUUGGAUGUCGUGCUGCUAUUAAAAUCAGUGAGAAGAUUUGA